AUGCAGACGCUCCUUCGAUGGGGAGCCAAUCCAGGGCGAAUGGACAGCACGGGCAAGACACCACUGUCCAGAGCCGUCAAGUCUCGCAGUAUUCGCGGAGUCGAUCUCCUGCUGCAAUUUGGUGCCGGAAACAUGACCGGUCCCGCCAACCUUGAAGACGACCCUUUGACAGUCGUACUGGACAGUCAAGACGAGAACAUCCUCCGCCUCUUGCUCAAAAAUGGUGUGCACAGUUCCCGUGCUAUUACUUUGCAGGGAUCUAGUGCACUCCAUGUGGCAAUACAACUCAACAGGCCAAGGAUGUUGCAAGUACUCCUAGAGGAAGGUGUGGAUCCGGACCGGCAAGACCAGCUUGGGCGGACUGCGUUGCACUUCGCUGCCCUUGCGCACAGCCUGGAAAUAGCACGGAUUCUCGUCGAGUUUGGUGCCAACGCCCAGCUCACUGACAAUCAAGACGAGACUCCGCACCAUGUGGCGGCUGCCGAUAGGCAGAUCCUCCUCCUUCAAUAUCUACUCAUGAACGACCCCGACACAGUCGUUCGUGAGUUUUUCUUGAAGACUCCCAUUGACGAGUAUGACAGCCCCGAAGUGGAAGCUGUCCUUCUCAUCAAGGGACCAAUGGGAUCUCGCCUGGCACGCCUCCUCCAGGAUCAUCCUGACGCAAAGGCAUUGCGUGCACAGUCUGCUAACAGGAAAGGGCGCCGAUAG